UUAAUAGUUUAUUGGGUAGUUGCCGGUAACUACAGCGCCUCGAGCUCGGCUGCAGGCAGUUCAGGCUUCACUUUGAAUUGUUUUCGCGUCCAGUCAUUAGUGAAUAUUAAGUUUAUCGUCGAUAAGUAUCCACCUGUUGUGAAAUUUUGGAUUAGAGAGUUCACUUGACAUUUCAGGAGCUUUAGCCUAAUUUUUCUCGGUGUGAUGCAUUACUUUUGCUUCGGGUAAUUUCUGCUUUGUUGAGCCAGCGUGUAUAGCGUAUAGGUUAUAAUACCGACUCAUGGCAUUUUAAUUAUGACAACAAUUGGAUACAUGCACGCUCCGGUUUUACACUUCGAUUUCGAGUUCUUAACACACGUAUCGCCUUUGAGAACAGAUACUGCGUGAUAUUUCAUAUAUUAGAACUAAAUUAACAGAUCAUCUAACUGCAUGAUGAACUCAGACAAACCAAAUUUUCUGUCACAGCCAGUAGUGAAAAAUAUUUUUGUGUAUCGCAAUGGAGAUCCGUAUUAUGAAGGCCGACGUCUUGUGAUAAACGAGAAGAGGGUGAGCAAUUUCGAGACAUUUCUAAAGGAAGUAACCGGCGGCGUGCAAGCUCCGUUUGGGGCUGUGAGGACCAUUUACACCCCAAAAGCGGGACAUCGAGUGUCUUCGUUGGAGCACCUACAGAGCGGGGAGCAGUAUGUGGCGGCUGGAAAGGAGAAAUUUAAGAAACUAGAUUAUUUGCAGAUUGGAACCAAGAAGAAAAAAAUGCUGCAGAGUAAUGGCCAGGUGAAACCAGUGCCCCAAAGUCGGAUUAUUGUCUCUGCAAGAUUCCUGAAGCCCAUCAGAGAGCCCUGCACAAUUUUGAGGGCAGCGCAGGAUCAUAUAGAGACGGGUAACCUGACACGGCAAUUGCACAUCCUUGCCAAUGGGGAUGUGCUGAACCCAGCUAUAAGGCUUCUGAUACCGCAGCGGAUUCUGGUUCAGCAUGCGCGGGUGCUGGAAAUGAUUACAGAGAAAAUGGGACUGAGGGUACUGGGAGGGGUACGCAGCCUGUACACUUUGGAUGGUACAAUCAUCAGUGAGGGGAAGGACCUGGAAAAUGGACAAUUCUAUGUAGCUGUUGGGCGUGAAAAGUUUAAAAAGCUCCCCUAUAGUGAGCUGAUUUUCAACAAACCUAUUGGAAUGCGAAGAUUUGUCGGAUCUAAAGCUGCAUCACUACCUCCAAUUUACAGAUUCAGAAAACAAAAUGGAAAUGUGGGUCGGGACCAGAGUAAGUCCAUAGUGAGCAACGGUGAAGCGGAAGAAACCAAGACCUCUCCUCUCACCCAGCAAAAGGAGCACCUGGCCACCAUCGUCAGCGAAUUGUCCCAGGCCAGGCUCCUGAAGCUGAGGCAAAAGAAGAGUGGCAUGACCAUGAGCCUGGGAGGGCAGAGUAAUGACGAUGGAGAACAGGGGGCCGCGGAGGGUCCUGGAGAGAGCAGCGGCAACCAGGAGGCACAACCCCCCGAGGGUUCGAAAGAUGACGCUUGUGCUGAAGAGCAGAUUUCGGAAGAAGCUAAAGGGACGUCUAAAGACCCUGACGACUGCACAGAGAAGGAUGAGGGGGUCGAGAAACCCAUCGAGGAUGGAGAUGGUGGUGGUGGAAAGGAGGAGAAGAGUGAGGAGAAAAGCGAUAGCCCUUCCCCUUCUAAUGAGAAAAAUGAAGAAAAAAGUGACAACUCUGCAUCUGCCCCAGAGGAAAAAGAGACUGAAGGGAAAUUGGAGGAGGGAAAGGAAGAAGCAAAGCCGGAGGACAGGGAGCCGGAUAACACGGGCCAGUCUGGCGAAGGAGAAGUAAGUGGCGACGGUACAGAAGAAAGCCCACCAGCAGAGGCCGUCUCCAAGGAUCAGGGUGAAGAAGGACAGGGUAGUGUCGUAGAGGACAAACCAGAGCAGGAGAAGGCUGGGAGUUCUGAGACCAAGAAGGAAAAUGCCGAGGAGGAGGAGGAGAAGCCAUCAGACCAAAUUCAGGAAGAACCGGAGAAUAAAGAGGAGGAAGAAAGUGGAGGACACAAAGGGUCAGAAAAGGAAGAUCAAGGAGGAGAGAAAGAAUAAGCAAUAGGAAUAUGCACUGAAUUGGUUGACAAAUAAGACAGAGGAUCUUAUAUAGGUAGAGAAACAGUAGAACGCUACCAUAGAUGUACCCGUUUAAUCCUAAUAUGGGAAAAUAUAAAAAAUGCGGAAGACAUUGAAAAUCAUGUCACACUAUUAUCUCCAAACAGAACUGAAGAAAUUCCUAUGUCCAUAGGAGGCUUAUUUUUACUAUGCUUAUUUCCAAACAAAAUGUGAUAUAAACACAUUAUACACACACACACAGCAUAAAAUCUAUUGUAUCCAGACAAUAUAACGUGAACUUUAUAUGUAAUGUGCAAAUAAUUACGCAAUUAAGAAGGAAUGUGUCCUUUGCUUUAAGUGGAAAAGGAUAAUUAUUAUUUAAUAUUAAAUUUAGAAAUGAGAAGAAAUGUAUUUUUAUAAUUUUCAGUUUUAAUUGUUUGUCUACUUUAAUGCUUAAAGCUGCAAGACCAUUCUCUUGUCAUAUACUCUCAUAUAGUUUAGCAAACUCUGUUAGGGUUUGUUAAUUGUAAUUACUAAGGCACUCUUGUCAAAGCAUUUCUAUGGAAAUAUAGGGAGAUCUGCCAACACUAAUAUCGUCAGGCUCUAAGAUUAGCAAUAUCUUUUUUAAACAUUGUACAUGUCUUGAUUUAUUUGUAUUUCACGAUUAUAUGAAGGCAUUAUUUCUGAUAAUGGCAAUUAUUAAAGUAGUGCACAGCCAAAAAGCGAUAUAUUGUCUCUUACAGAAAAUGGUAGACAUUUACUCAGUCCCAGUACUUUCCAGUGAGCACAGUUAGGCUGCAUUCUGUUUGUUUGUACAAUGUGUUUGACAUUGUAUCGCAAUUAAAAUACAUUUUCAAUGUA